GUAGCGUUCGCUGAGUGGGCGGGACACGCGGCUUGAAGGUUAUUUACCUCCGAGACGCCAAGAGGGCGACAGCUCGUGCUGAGAAUAUCAUCGAUUCAUGUGUACCAGCAUAAUCGGAGGCCUGUGCUCCUGGACGGAAAGGGGGGCUUACUUUUCUGGGAUUUGGAGAUCUGUUGGCAGCACAUAUGGGAAACACAAGCAGUGAACGAGGAGGGUUGGAGCGCCAUGGAGAUCACAAGUCUCACCGCAGAGACAGCAGGGGUCCCUAUGGUAAAGAGGGGGAUCGUCCAAAGAUACUCAUGGAUAGUCCAGAGGAUGCAGACUACCAUGGAGAGGACAUGAAGGCACCCCAGGAGAAGGACGAGUUUCUUGCCUGGCAACAUGACUUGGAGGUGAAUGACAAAGCACCAGCCCAGGCCAGGCCAACUGUGUUUCGCUGGACUGGAGGAGCAAAGGAAGUCUUCUUGGCAGGGUCCUUUAAUAACUGGAGCUCCAAGAUUCCCCUCACCCGAAGUCAGAACAACUUUGUAGCCAUUUUGGAUCUGCCAGAGGGAGAGCAUCAAUACAAAUUCUAUGUGGAUGGACAGUGGACCCAUGAUCCUUCUGAGCCUUUCACCACCAAUCACUUGGGGACAGUGAACAACGUGAUCCAGGUGAAGAAGACCGACUUUGAGGUGUUUGAUGCCCUGCUGGUGGAUUCUCAGAAGUGCUCAGAUAUAUCGGACCUGUCCAGCUCCCCUCCCGGGCCCUACCAGCAGGAUGCUUACGUCUGUAAACUGGAGGAGCGCUUCAAGUCUCCGCCCAUCCUACCUCCACACCUCCUGCAAGUCAUCCUCAACAAGGACACAGGGAUUUCGUGUGACCCAGCAUUACUGCCAGAGCCCAAUCACGUGAUGCUGAACCAUUUGUAUGCACUGUCAAUCAAGGAUGGUGUGAUGGUUCUCAGUGCUACUCACCGCUACAAGAAGAAAUACGUGACCACGCUGCUGUACAAGCCCAUCUGAACAAAAAAAAGUGGCCUUUGUGAGAGACUGCAUGCCACUGCCACAAAGGGACAAGCCUAAUUUCAGACACAUGGACUACUUUUUUCCUUUCUAGGCCAGAAUGAGGCCUUCAGGAAGCAAUCAUUUGGGAAAGAUGAAUUAAGCUUCUACUACUGCAAUUCAAUUUAAAUUGAAAUUUAUGCUUUCCAAAUCUUUUCGAAGAAGAGUGACUGAAGACAAGGUUGAAUUUCACUCCCCUUGGAAAGGACAGAUGAUUCUGCAUAUUUGAAUGUAAUUUUGCUUAUUCAGAAACAUCAGCUAUUUAUAGUCUCCCAAAUUUGAAAUACUAAUGGCCUAAGUUUCUGCAUUUCAUCAGAUAAAAACCAUCUGUGUCAUGAAAUCCUUCAGAAGGGGACCAGCACUAAACGGACACUGGCAUUAGAUCAAUUACCUGUUUAAUGACAAACUUGACUGCUCUCUGUAUAGUUUUUAAUUCCUUCUCUGUAAGAUUCUCUGCAAGUGUUGUUUUACCCCCCACAUCUAACCCUACCCUUUAACUUACUGGUUUUCACUGAAUUUCUAGUGGUAUCCAAGUGUAUACCUAGGGAAGAAAAUAGGUUCAUGAACGUUUGUACUCUUAGGGUGCACAUUUUGAAUUGCAGAAAAUGUAUGGUAAAGCCAACGUUCAGUCUUUAGAAAACAAGGGUGUGUUUCAAUUAUGGCCAAGUCCUGUACCACAUGGUUACACUGUUGGCAUGGCAGACGUCAAGCCCUAGGAUCUCCACAGAAGGAUGUCUUGAAGAGAAGCCAAUCAAACACACAGGUAUGUUGUUAGGGCCAGUGAUUGUCAAAUACGCACCUUGCACUAGUAAUCCAGAAUAUUUUUUGAAUUCACAAAUUAACAGUGGCCAGUGCUUUCUGGGGAGUUGCAUAAAAUAUAAUGUUAGUUGCUUUACACCAAGUUGGUGCAUGGGGAUUUAUUCUUU